CUUAUCUCUCGGGGUUACUACAGUUGCGUCAACAUGUCGAGGAAGAUCAUACUUGUCUUAUUAUUCGCUAUUAUCGGUUUAUCGGGCGUGAAUUCCUGCGACCAUAACCCAUCACGCGGAUACUCUUGUGCUAAGAAAAAACCAACAUGGCGUAAAUCAAAACAUCACUGGAGACAUAAACGUCCCCGUGAUGAAAAUCCUGAUGAAGUUUUUGACAUCGCCCAAAAAUACAUCGAUUUCGGAGUACUCCUUCAAAAUAAAUGCUUGAAAAACGGAAAUAAUCUCGUAUAUGAAGUUUAUGAUUACGAAAAAUAUACUCUAAAGUAUAAUAUAUCGGAGUAUAAGAAUGCCAAUGUCAGUGUUAAAAUAUCGAAUCGUUUGAUAAAUGUAAACGUGAAGAAUGAAGAUGAGAAUAGAAAGGCGCUUAAAGACGUAAGGCUUUUACCAGACAUCUUGAACUUCGAGGAAGCAAACUGGAUAAUUGAAAGUGACUUAUUAGAAAUUAUUAUACCAUACAAAAUAGUUUUCGGUCAGAAUAUUAUUAAGGAUUGUGGGAAUUUGAACAGAAAUAUUAUCGAUGUUCCGCUUCUUAAAUACGAUAUUGAUGUAAGAAUGGGCGAACUGAAUUUGAAUGACACACAAAGUUCAGGAUUUAGUAUUGAAGGGAACGAUGUAAUUGUUUUUGAAAACUAGUAUAUUGUAAAAUAUUAGUCUUGUCAAUACUUUGUUAGUCAAUUUAUGAGAAAAUUAUACGCUAUAUAUAGAA